GGAAACAAGCAGAGCCAACAAUAUUCAACUCAUGUGAUUUCGCGGACGGUUCAUUAAAUCCGUACCACUCUUCUCUAACCAUCAUCACCAAUGCUUAAGCUAGCUGCUAAGGUAUUCUUUGUAGCAUUACUUGUAUCGUCCCACAAGACGGUUCCGUUUGCAUACUUCUUCCGAUUCUACUAUCAUGUGUUCCGGUCUUGGAUAUUUACUCGAUUAGCGUUCUUAUCCAAUGCCCGAAAGAACACGAAUGACUUACCGGAUGGAUUGUUUACGUGGAUAACUCUUAGUACUCGAGUAUCACCUCUUGAAAUCGAUAUGUACAUUCACAAAUCGAAUUCUACUUACUUUUUGGAUUUAGAUAUUGCUAGAACUAAAUUGGUGUUACGGAUAUUUCAAGCCACCUGGUGGAAUCAUUACGAUAAUAUAUCCAAAGAGUAUAAAAGUACUGGAUUAGCCAAUAUUCCUUAUGCACCUAUUGGAACUGUCAAAUGUACUUUUAAGAAAGAACUUAAGGUAUUUGAACAGUUUGAUAUUAAAUCCAGGGUUUUUGCUUGGGAUUCCAAAUGGUUAUUCAUUAUCUCCAAGUUUGUUACAGUUAGGAAAGGUCAAGAGAAGGUACAUGCUAUUGCAAUGACUAAGUAUGUGUUUAAGAAGAAUGGUAGAAUAACUAUUAAACCAGAAGAGAUGAUUGCUGAAGGAGGAUUCUUGACGGAAGAAGUUAAGAAGCAGAAUGAGAUUAAUUAUCAAUUGGUUACCCAUUUGGUAUCGACUGAUCAAUUAGAGGAGUUGAUAUAGAUAGAUAGAUAUGGAUUAGAUAGAAUAGACAUAUGGUUUGGAUAGAGUAGAUGUAGAGGGUAGUAGAUGUAGAGGGUAGUAGAUACAUAGAUAAUGAGAUAUAGCAGAAGUUUAGAUAUCUAUACAUCAUAGAGUAAUGGAGUAAUGGAGUUAUAGAGACAGCUAUAGAUUAUCUCUUGCUUCAUCAUUCUAUUACUCUACUUCUAAUAGUGCCC